AUGCUGUCGGGAGCGCAAAAGACCCCGGACAUCGCGUCGCUGUCGAUAUCGUCGAUGUCUGACUACCAUGUUUUUGAUUUCCCCGGAAUGGACCUGCAGAAGGAGCAGGUGGUGGACCUGCUGGACCAGCAGGGGUUCAUACCGGACGACCUGAUUGAGCAGGAGGUCACGUGGUUUUACGAAGCUUUGGGGAUUGAUGAUCUGUUCUUUGCAAAGCAAACGCCUGAGAUGAUUGCUAGCAUUAUCAACUCGUUGUAUGCGUCGAAACUGGACUCGUUUGCGAGGUCCAAGUUCGGCAGUGGACCCGGCGGGGGCGGGAUCGAUGAUGUGGUCGAGGCGUCCGUUAGGUUCAAGAUCAAGAACAAGGUGAUCAGCGAUGAUUGUGCAUUAUUCAUGGAGAGCCAUGGGAGCAUCUCGUCGGAUGAAAGUCCGCCGUACGAGCUGGAUACUCUGGUUGACGAUCUCUAUCUCGAUAACAAGGAGAGAAAAAGCUGUCGGUUGGUGUCGUUUUGGACACCGGAGAGUGGUUUGAAAUUGACGUUUGUGUACGACAGCGUGUUCCCACCGAACGCGGCGUGCGAUCAAUCCGCGCUUUUGCAGGGUGAUAUCGACUCGAUAAGUGAUCAGACCAUGUCUCAAAUUAUCUCUCCAGAGAACAAGAAAUUGUACGGUCUGUUGAUCAACUUGGUUAACGAAAGAGAAGGCCCCGUUAUCAAGACCACUCACUCCGUGAGGAACAAGGACGAGAUUAGGUUACUUGUCGCGUUCAAGAGAUUUACGACUAAGCGGUAUUACUCUGCGAUCAAUGCGCUUUUCCGUUACUAUAAGCUAAAACCAUCGAAAUUUUAUCUGGAGUCGUUCAACGCCAAUGGCGUGGUCAUUUUUUCCAUCUAUUUGAAUAAGUCAAAACAGCUGGAUGACAUUUUACCCAACGCGCUGGAGUUAUCGAUCAGGCAGGUGGAGAGGGAGGCCUCGUUGUUGUAUGCGAUCCCAGAUAACUCUUUCAAAGAUGUGUACCAAAUGCGUCAAUUUUCACCACAGGAGGCGAUUUAUUCGCAUGUCUCCGCCAUAUUCAUCAACCAUUUUAUCAAUAGGUUGGGUUCCGAUUACCAGGUUUUGGUCGAUCAAUUGAACCUACAGGAAUCGAACACUUUACUUUUGGAAAUUGUCGGCAAUUUGAAGAGAAAAUUGAGAAAUGAAACUUUUACUCAGUCGAUGAUCGUUGAUACAUUGCAUAAAUAUCCAAUGAUCGUAUCGAAAUUGUAUAAGAAUUUCGCGGAAGUUCACUAUCAUCACGAUGCCUCCGAAGCUAUGGAAAAGACCUUGUCGUAUCAGAGACUCGCAAAGUUGGAACCAUUUCAAAACGAGCAGGAGUUUGAAUCGUACCUGAACAAGAUUAUACCAAAUGAUUCACCAGAUUUAGUCAUCUUAAAGACUUUGAAUCUUUUCAACAAAUCUAUCUUGAAAACCAACUUUUUCGUCACCAGAAAAGUGGCCAUCUCUUUCCGGUUGGAUCCAAAAUUGAUAAUGCCUCAGACGGAGUAUCCUGAGACUCCAUACGGUAUCUUUUUUGUUGUUGGUAAUACCUUCAAGGGGUUCCACAUAAGAUUCAGGGACGUGGCGCGCGGUGGUAUUCGAAUUGUUUGUUCAAGAACGCAGGACGUUUAUGACAGGAACUCAAAGGCCGUCAUUGAUGAAAACUAUCAAUUGGCUUCAACUCAGCAAAGGAAGAAUAAGGAUAUUCCUGAGGGAGGCUCCAAAGGUGUCAUCCUGUUGAAUCCCAGCCUCAUUGCACCUGAGCAAACAUUUGUUGCUUUUAAGCAGUACGUUGAUGCAAUCAUCGAUAUUUUAAUCAAGGAUCCCCUGAAGGAAAAAUACGUCGAUUUGUUGGGUGGAGAAGAAAUCUUGUUCUUCGGUCCCGACGAAGGGACAGCCGGUUUCGUCGACUGGGCAACAGAGCACGCCCGCAUGAGAGGUUGCCCAUGGUGGAAAUCUUUCCUAACCGGUAAAUCACCUCAACUAGGUGGUAUACCACACGACGAGUACGGUAUGACCUCUCUGGGGGUUCGCGCCUAUGUUUUGAAACUUUACGAAACCUUGAACCUGCAGGAUACAACAAUUUACAAAUUCCAGACUGGUGGGCCCGAUGGUGAUCUAGGUUCUAAUGAGAUCCUGUUGUCAACCAAAAAUGAGUGUUACGUCGGAAUUUUAGAUGGAUCAGGUGUCCUGUGUGAUCCGCAAGGUUUGAACAAGCAAGAGCUGAUCAAACUAGCGCAUAAAAGAAAAAUGAUCAAUCACUAUGACAAGUUGAAAUUGAGUAAAAUGGGGUUCUUUGUUUCUGUUGACGAUAUUGACAAGAUGCUGCCCAAUGGCACUAUAGUUUCUAAUGGUACCACUUUCAGAAAUACAUUCCACACUCAAAUCUUCAAGUUCGUUGAUCGUGUUGAUCUAUUUGUUCCUUGCGGAGGUAGACCAAAUUCAAUCAACUUGAAUAAUUUGCAUUACUUCACCGAUGAGAAAACAAACAAGUGUAAGAUUCCAUACAUUGUGGAAGGGGCUAACUUGUUCAUUGCUCAACCGGCAAAGAUCGCGCUGGAAAAUCACGGUUGUAUCUUGAUCAAGGACGCUUCGGCUAACAAGGGCGGUGUCACCUCUUCUUCAAUGGAGGUUCUUGCCUCGUUAGCUUUAAAUGAUGAUGACUUCGUCAAUAUCUUCAUCGGUCAUGACAAGCAUGAGAAGACCAAAUUGUAUACGGAUUAUGUGGUUGAAGUGCAGAAGCGGAUCCAUGAUAAUGCCGCUUCUGAAUUUAACCAAUUAUGGCAACUCAAGAAAUCUACGGGCACUCCUAUUUCUGAGCUGUCGAAUAUUUUGUCUCAAACAAUCAACAAGGUUAACGAUGAUCUCAUCCAUUCUGCAGAACUAUGGGAGAACGACUUAAAGCUGAGAAACUACCUUCUAUUGAACAAGAUCAUUCCGAAGCUGCUAAUCGACGUGGCGGGACCCGAAGCUAUCUUGAGGAACAUUCCUGUGACGUACUUGAAGGCUCUGUUGUCAAGCUAUCUAUCAAGCUCAUUCGUUUAUCGAUUUGGUAUUGACGUCAAUAUCGGUAGCUUUCUUGAAUUCAUUGGUGAAUUGAAGAGAGAGGCAUCUCAGCAAGUAGUUACUUAA